GCGGCGUGCAGAGGGCCAGGGAGCUGCAGGAGUCUCCGCUCCCUCCUCGUUCUCCUCCUCUCAGGAUGUCUGAAGGGGAAUCCGCAGGAAGCGAUCUGCUGUCGGUGGACUUUGAGAUCUUCGGUCACGUUCAGGGAGUCUGCUUCAGAAUGUACACGGAGAAGAAGGGUCUGCAGCUCGGCCUGGUGGGCUGGGUGAGGAACACCUGCCACGGGACGGUGCAGGGACAGGUCCAGGGUCCCGCUCACAGGGUGGACGAGAUGAAGCGGUGGUUGGGUGAAGAGGGGAGUCCGACCAGUCGGAUCACCAAAGCCUCCUUCGCCAACCAGAGAACAGUCGACGAGCUGGAGCUCUCCGGCUUCGUGACGCGCUUCUGACCGACGAAUCGAACGCACCCCGAAGACCUCCUCCACCCUGCGCCGCUUCGCUCAGUUCAGGGACUUGAGACGUGAGGUCUAUGGAGGGCAACUCUUGGAGCUGGGUUGGUUUGUAGAAGGACGGUCGAGCGUUUCAGGCUGGAAGUCACUUGACAAAUAACUAAAUCCACCGUAAUGUUUCAUUGAUAAUAAAAAAAGAAGUGAUACUUACGCUUGAAAUGAUCGAAAGGACCCUUUAAAUCACCGUGAUGGUUUGAUCCGAGCAGAUCAGUGUGUGGCUCUUCAUUAAAUCUACCACCGUGUGUACGAUGUAAACAAACACAGGCCGACCAUGUGGUCACGUGAUGCGAUUAGGCCCUCUGAUCCAAUUAACUCACUGCCAGAGGAUUCCUGAUCGGCCGGAAAGCAACAACAGAGACGGUGACACAGCGGGAACCGAGCGUCCUGUCAUACACAGCGAGUCUGUGUGUGAAUCAGUGAUCUUUUAAUCCUUUUUUUUUCUUCCUCA